GAGAGUGAAUUACUUCAAAAUUUUAAGAAAUCUAUCUUUAAGCGAGCAAAAAAAAAGAAAAUAAACAUAUCUGAAAUUAAACCGAUUGUCGAAUCGCGUUUAACAGUUCUUAAUCGAUCUCCAGAAUAUCAUCCCCAAUCUCCAAAUUUCUCUUAUCAUUUUAAUUUAUUAAUCUCUGCCGUUAUCAAUUUUCUUAUUUCGAUUAAUAACAUAUAUUUUCAACAUCAUUUAACAUCUUCUCCAAAUUUACUCGAUAUUGAUAUUGAACAACCUCCGAAUUAUAC